UUUCAGCUCGAGACCAGAGCUAUCCGUCUACGUACGCGAGAUGACACUCUUCCCUUACAGUUUCUUGAGCGAUCAUCACUCUAACGUACUGGCCCCGGUGCUGUUCUAUUACUUAAUUAAAUCAUUUCUCAAACAUGACAUGUGAUCCGGUCACAACUUGUACUUCUGCCGCGUCUCGGCUCCAUUUAUCUGGGCCGGCGCACUGUAAGAGGAGGAGUGGCGUCAGGGCAGACGGAUACACCCUUAAGAGCGGAGUGACACUAACAAGGUUUCGAUGGUGGAUGUGAGUGGAGCGAUGCUUAUAGUGGAUGGAUAUGGAGGGUGUGGGCGUCAGGCGUCCCGAGGCCUUUCAUCAGAGCGACGGACAGACGUCCACGGCGAUAGAAGGGGACACAGGUGAACCGGCACCAUGAGAGUCUCACCUGCCUGGAUGCCACUCGUCUUCCUUCUCUUUCACGGAGCUUCGAGAGCCUGCACAGUGAAGAAACUGGGCAGCAGCACUGGCAGGUUUGCCAACGCCACCUUGGUGCGGCUGUCAGAGUUUCUGAGCGCAGGCUACAAGAAAGGAGUGAGACCGGUGAAAGACUGGAGGAUGUCCACCAUCGUAGCCAUAGACCUCAUGGUUUACUCCAUCCUCAACGUGGAUGAGAAGAACCAGGUUUUAACAACGUAUGUGUGGUACAGACAGGUGUGGAAGGAUGAAUUCCUGGUGUGGGAUCCAGAGGAUUUUGAUGAAGUCAAAAAAGUUUCCCUACCCACGGCUAACGUGUGGGUCCCCGACAUCCUCAUCAACGAGUUCGUAGACGUGGGGAAGUCUCCAGACAUUCCUUACGUCUAUGUGACACAUAAUGGACUCGUGCAAAACUACAAGCCCAUCCAGGUCGUCACCGCUUGUACUCUCAACAUCUACAACUUCCCAUUUGACGUCCAGAAAUGCAGCCUCACCUUCCAGAGCUGGCUUCAUACCAUUGAUGACAUAAACAUCACCUUGAUACGAAGCCCCGAGGAGCUCCGGGAGGACAAGAGUGUCUUCAUGAACCAGGGCGAGUGGGAGCUGCUCCACAUUCUGUCCAACUACAAGAUCUUCAGCGUGGAUAACGAUGACUACUACGCUGAGAUGAAGUUCCAUGUGGUGAUCCGGCGUCGGCCGCUGUUCUACACCGUGAACCUGCUGCUGCCCAGCAUCUUCUUGAUGGUGAUGGACAUUGUGGGGUUCUAUCUCCCACCGGACAGCGGGGAGAGGGUUUCGUUCAAGAUCACUUUGCUGCUGGGAUACUCCGUCUUCCUCAUCAUCGUGUCUGACACUCUGCCUGCGACUGCCAUAGGAACGCCGCUGAUAGGUGUGUACUUCGUGGUUUGCAUGGCGCUCCUUGUGAUCAGCCUAACAGAGACUGUGCUGAUUGUGCGUCUGGUCCACAAGCAAGACCUGCAGCCCCCCGUGCCUCACUGGGUGAAGUACCUGGUGCUGGAACGAGCCCCGGUCCUCUUCUGCAUCCACAAAAAGCAUCGCCUCUGCUCCAAGCUGUCGUCCCAGGCCUCAGACCUGGAGCACUACAAGGACAACACCUACGGGACUGCCCAGUGCACCCACCAUCACACCUGCGAGAUAGGCCGAAGGCACAGCCAGCACGACAGGGAGAGCGGGCUGCUCGGGCUGCACCUGCCCCCAUCCAGGGACAGCACCCCGCCCGUCAUGGACAACAUCCUCCAAGAGGUGACGGCGAUACGCCACUUCCUGGAGAAGAGGGACAGGUGUCGGGAAAUUGCCAAAGAGUGGCUCCAGGUCGGCUACGUGCUGGACGUGCUGCUCUUCAGGGUCUACCUGGUGGCCAUGGUGGCCUACAGCAUCACGCUGGGCACCCUGUGGUCCGUUUGGCAGGUCGCCUGAUGUCUGCUACAGUACGACUAAAGACACAGACUCAGUGGAUGAAACAUAAAAUUAGGAGCGCCAGAGUUAGUGGCUCUACGUCUUGUGUAGCUCACAGGACACAAGGAGGCACUCACAUAGUAACGCAACAGAGAAACGGUUCCUAGUAGUUGUUGUGGUCUGCAUUUAUAGGUAAAGUAAAGCUCAACUUAAAGCAACUUGAGACGUGUUUUCAGGGUGAACCAAAGGAUUUUGGGGAUGCCAAAGCGGAGACUGACAUAUAGCCUCGCACACACUUACAAAUUCAAUUAUCAUCCACUAAUAUAAAGGAUGACAUUGAAGGUGAUCGAGGUCAGUGGUAACGCACCCGUCAGUGAUAUUUCAGCCGGCGAAAACCACGUCCUGCAAAACAAAGAUAAAUAUACAACAAAGUUAAACGUACAAAUCCAUAUAAACCUGCAUAUUCAAAUACCUGUAUGUUAAAUCUUUGAUUGAGAUACAGGUUUGUGACAAGUGAAGGUGUCGCUGUGUGAAAUCUGAAUAUUCCUCGUAUGUGUUAACUAUACAUUGAAUUAUAAAGGAAUUAAUACUAGUACUGUACUGUAUUUGAGAAGAAAACAUUGCACGUCGCAUUGCUUUGAUUUAUAUGCUUAAUUAUAUAUGUUAUAUAUUUAACUGAGUUGUAGUUUUUCAUGUCAUGUUAAAUCAAAAGCUUGUAAAGAAAAGUGUUUCUAUCUACAUCACGGUGUAACUUGGUGAGGUCCAUGUUUGCGUUUGUGUCGAUUUGCACCGUAACUUAAUUUGUUUUUAUUUAAUUCCGUUGCUGUGCCAAUAAAUGAUCGUGUAAAGACAUACAGCAAAAGAUAUGUUUGUAUUUAUAUAGUAUAUAUAUAUAUUCAAAUAUUGCCAAAGUAACUCUACAUUUAUUCAUCAAAUAAACAAAACGUUUACCAAGUUCUUCUAUUUUAUUAUUGACGUGCUCUGUGUGUCACAAUUACACAUUCCUUUAAAAACUAAAACAAGUAGAAUGUAAAUUUGUUAUUUUAAUUUAAAGCCUUUGUUAGUAGCAUUAAUUCACAGUGUAGAUGCAGUGUCAGUAUUAAACUGAAAGAUACUCAAAUUAUCUUUAUUGUACAAACAGCAACAAAACAAAAUGCCACUAAAAAAUUAAUCAAUUUGACAUAUUGUUAUUUUUAAUUGUUUUUUUUUUUCAGUUUCUAUCUAUUUUUUAUUAGUAUUUUUUUUACUACUAUUUAUUAAUGCAACACGUCACGAUUUAAUUCACACAGAUUUGGCCCACAUGGGUUUCCAUAGUCUUUAUUUUCCAUUUCCCAAAGAGGGAGCAAAAGAUCACCAUAAAAAUCGCAGCAUAUUUAACCUCAUACUCUGUUUAAAAAAAAGUUACAUUGUUGCCAUUAAGGGACAUUUUUCUACUUUUUUGUCACAUAAAUCUUUGAAUUAACUUCAGUCUUAAUCAUAAAUACCAAAUGUUUGAUUCAUUUUGUAAUGUUAACCCUUUAAAAUCCAGUGUUUGUGAUGGCGUCAAAACAUUUUGUCAGUAAUUUGUAACAAUAUUGAAUUUGAUGGAUUUUUUUCUGUAGUGUCAACACUUUUUUAUGGCAUUUUGAAGAGGAAAACUUUACAAAUAUCCUAGAAAAAGUAUAACCACCACUAAAUUAUCAAAAAUAUGAAACCAGCAAACUUUUUCUUUUUUGUUUGUUUGUUUCUGUUUGUUUUGUUAUAUGUUUGUACGCAGAGGGCUAAAAAUACAGUGAUAAUUAUUAAUAUUAUUUUUUUUAGCUCAUGCACAACCUGCAAUUUCACCCAACAACCAGAUGAUGGCACCAUGUACAACCACAUCAGUUUCCCAUAUGUGUAACGUCAGAUGUGCAGAGAGAAGGGAGGCUUCUUGUCAGUUCUGUAGUUUAAUCCUCUCAGACUUAUUUAUUUAUUUUUUGAAUGUGGAGGUCAAAUAAAUUCAUGAUGUUUGGUCGCAUCUCUUCCUCUGUCAUAGUGUGGAAUUUCACAUCACACAUGAAACUGAAUGUAUUUUGCAAAUCCUUUAUGUUUUUCUUGCGUCAGAGUGUAAAGGUCAAUUAAUUAAAUCCGUUAAUGCGAUCAAUCGGGUCGGGCUUCAGUAUCGUUACCCUUGGAGACGAAUGAGGCAAAUGACUCCAUUAAAAAAACAACUGGCAUCGUUUCUAAAGCCCUGCACUGUCCGGUCCACUCACAUUUAAUUUUUUGCAGUAUUUCUGAUAUUGUGAUUUAAUUAUUUAAAAUCACCAGCACACACCUGUAUCCCCUCUCAGAUAAGAGUUUUGUGCCUUUCUCUCAGCACUGUCCUUACAGCGUUUGGUAUAAAAGGGACUCUAUUGUCUGACAGGAGAAAGGAAACAUUUCCAAGCUGGUGCAUUCUGGGUAAGUGCCGGCCAAAGAUCUAAAAUGUGAGAUGUCUUCCUCCUGACUGAGUUCAAGCCCUCAGGCUUCGGGGGUUAAGGGGAUAAAGAAAUAACACGAAUGAAAACAUCGCAGUGACUUAACUUGAAGCAUGUCCACCAAGGGGAUCCUCUACUUCACUCUCCAGUCAAGUCAAGUCAAGUCAAGUCAGAUGUAUGUCACGUGUUGGUUCAAAUGCGCCUCCAACACCCUGGCUAUCCUGCAAAUUUGAAUGCCCCAGGUCAUAUGGUCCGGUUUAAACAUAGUAUGGCUGAUUACCAUUUUAACUGCCCCCAAACGAUCAACUUCAGGACCAUCAGUCCAAUGCUGAGCGCUGGCAGCUAAAGGAAUCCAGGCUGCAGAUAUGUGGGUCAAAGAUCAGUGCUGAAACCUCAUGCUCCCACACAAAAGGCCCCUCACUGUUCACAUCACCACCCUAACAAACCAUUCACCCAACCCCUGCCCCUUCCUUCCUAAUACCCCCCGAAAUAAGAUCAAAGUCGCACCAAAACCAACAAAAACCCGCUCACAAUGCGGUUUUCUCUCUCAUUUCCUGUUUUUGUUUGGUGUCGAAAAAUCCUAAAAGGGUGAGAAUGAAAUAAAAUGAAAUGGCCACAGUGCUGCAGACUGUUCUGCAUAAGUUAACAGGGAGAGUGGAGAGCUGCCUCAUUAGUUUCCAAUACACUCAAGUCAAGAUCUGAUCAUGUGUGCCACAGAGAGGAAAUGAGCAAAUACGGGGGCAUUACUGGAGACACUACUGAGGCUGAUAUUUAUUCACCGGACACGGACUGACUUGUCGCGUCUAGCUCCAUUUGGGUUGAAAUUACAGCAACAACGCAGAUCUAAAAAUGAGUGUUUGCUGCCAGAAGAAUUUGCAUGUUUUUGGACGUUACAUCAAAUCAAGUAGCAUUAACUCCUGAAGCGUUUCCAAAACAUACAGCGCAAAUUAUAUGUGCUGUCGAAACGCAGACUCCAGCAGUUUGACGGCGCCGAUGUCAGAGCAUCUCGUCGUUAGUGCAUUUAAUUGCUGCUCGUGGCAAUUAAGGGAUAGUUAGCGGGAGUUAUUUUGUUUUUCCCAUCCAGGCUCAAUGGUGUAAAGGCAACAUUCAAACCUCAUCAGCAGCGAUGCUAAAAUUUUAAGGCUCGUCUUGAGGACCGUGGAUAACAGAUCGUUAAAUCAAUCGAAGGGGUUAUCCGCUGGGGAACAUGACUUUUUUUUUUUUUUUUACUGAAUUAUGAAUUUGUGUUUGGAGGUAGGUCAUCCUCUGGGAGAGCGCGUUGAUGAUGGAAGAGAAAAAUAAGGUCAGGUCAUGAUAAUCAGUACUAAUUAUCAUCUGUGUACCGUGAAUAUUUAAAUGUUAAUAUAUUGUCACCAGAUAUGGAGACAGGAGUCACCAUUUCACAUCUUUCACUAAUCAGUGGACAAUAUACUACAGCACCAUUUACAAAAUUCAAAAAUAUCAGAUAAUGGAGGCUGUGUCUUCUUGUCUUUAGCAAGCUAAGCUAAACUAAGCUAACUAUUACUACUGUAUCAAUUGAAAAUCAAAUCAGACUUUAUUUAUACAGCACUUUUCAUACAUUUAGCACACAGUUCUUCAAUCGGUCUUAUUUGUCUAUGGUUUGAAAGAACAUAAGCACAUUUGGGUAUUUAUUUUGGGUUCAUUUAUCCCCCCUCCAAAACAAUGGAAGCUGUGUUUGUCUUCUUGUUAUCAGUAAACUAAGCUAAACUAAGCUAAGGUAAGCUAAUCUAAGCUAACCAGAACGAUAUUAAUUUAACACACAGUUCUUCUUAUACUUCCACCAUUUGAAAGAACAUAGGCAUAUCUUCCUGAAAUAUUGAAUUAUUUAUUCAAAACAUUUGGCUAAUGUGUGAGACCAAGCAAAGGUACAAAAACACACGUUAACCGGCUGCAGAUACACAAACACAGGAGACAAAUACAAGCAAAAAAAGCUCCACAAAAACAAUUAUCUAAAGCCUUUUCUCGGGUUGAUUUAUCCAUCCAAUGGAAGCUGUGUUUUCUUGUUAUCAGUAAGCUAAGCUAAGCUAGGCUAACCAGAACCGUAUUAAUUUAACAUACAGUUCUUCUUAUACUUCUAUUUUUUUUUUUCAGGUUCAUUUAUCCCCCCCUCCGCCACAAUAGAAGCUGUGUCUUCUUGUUAUCAGCAAACUAAGGUAAGCUAAUCUAAGCUAAACUAAGCUAACUAGAACUGUAUUAAUUUAACACACAGUGCUCCUUAUAGUUCUACGGUUUGAAAGAACAUAAAUCUAUCUUCCGUUUUGAAUAAUUUAUUCAAAGCAUUUGGGUAAGGUAUGAAACCAAGCAAAACUACAAAAACGCACGUUUAACCGGCUGCAGAAACACAAGAACAGGAGAUAAACACGAGCAACAAAGUGCCACAAAAAGACUUAUCUAAAGCUUUUUUUUUUUCGGGUUCAUUUAUCCAUCUAAUGAAAGCUGUGUCUUCUUGUUAUCAGUAAACUAAGCUAAACUAAGGUAAGCUAAUCAAAGCUAAGGUAAGCUAACCAGAACCGUAUUAAUUUAACACACAGUUCUUCUUAUACUUCUACGGUUUGAAAGAACAUAAGCAUAUCUUCCUAAAAUAUUUAAUUAUUUAUCAAAAUAUUUGGUUAAGAUGUGAGACCAAGCAAAGCUACAAAAACACAUGUUUCCCGGCUGCAGAAACAGAAAAACAGGAGACAUACGAGCAAAAAACGUUCCACAAAAACAAUUAUCUAAAGCAUUUUCUCGGGUUGAAUUAUCCAUCCAAUGGAAGCUGUGUCUUCUUGUUAUCAGUAAGCUAAGCUAAGCUAAGCUAAGCUAACCAGAACUGUAUCAAUUUAAUACACAGUUCUUCUUAUACUUCUACCAUUUGAAGGAACAUAAGCACAUCUUCCUAAAAUAUUGAAUUAUUUAUUGAAAACAUUUGUCUAAGAUGUGAGACCAAGCAAAGCUACAAAAACGCACGUUUAACCAGUUGCAGAAACACAAGAACAGGAGACAAACACGAAACACACAGAUCUUCUUAUACUUCUACGGUUUGAAAGAACAUAAGCAUAUCUUCCUAAAAUAUUCUAUUAUUCAUUCAAAACAUUUGGCUAAGACGCGAACCCAAGCAAAGCUACAAAAACACACGAUUAACUGGCUGCGGAAACACAAAAACAGGAGACAAAUACGAGCAAAAGAAGUUCCACAAAAACAAUUAUCUAAAGCCUAUUCUUGGGUUCAUUUAUGCAUCUAAUGGAAGCUGUGUCUUCUUGUUAUCUGUAAGCUAAGCUAAGCUAAGCUAAGCUAAGCUAAGGUAAGAACAGUAUCAAUUUAAUACACAGUUCUUCUUAUACUUCUACCGUUUGACAGAACAUAAGCACAUCUUCCUAAAAUGUUGAAUUACUUCUUUUACUAAGGAAUUUCUAAGAUGUGAGACCAAGCAAAGCUACGAAAACGCACGUCUGCAGAAACACAAAAAUAGGAGACAAAUACAAGCAACAAAGUGCCACAAAAAGACUUAUCUAAAGCUUCUCUCCCCCCCUUCUCCCCCCUGCACAUUUUGCGUCUGGCCUCGCUUCCUCUCUAAUGACAAUCAUGGGUGUGUAACAAUACAGGAGCACGCAUCAACCUCCCUGCAUAUCUAAUGAUAGCGUUUGUGACCUCUGUGGCACAAGAGGCAGAACAGACAAAAAGGCAGCCAGGCUUGAAGCGCUGCAGUAGUUACCGUCCGCACAUUACAAGUGAGAAAUGGUGGCAAACAGCCAGGUGGCGAGUGCAAAGGCAGACAGACGGAUGCUCUUCAGCUACGUGAACACUGGUAGGAAUGUGCAUCAGUCUGUUGAGGGCGAGUUGAGUCAGGUGCUUUGAAAGUGUUAUUGAAUGAUAAUUCAUAGGCAGCAGCGUGUGGGUAGUUUUUCGCCGUCUUGCGUCAUUCUCAGCUUUAAGGAUGUUUUGCUCCAUGCAGACAUGACGCCACCCACAAUAGAAUAAUAUUAUCUACAAAGACUAGAGCCAAACCAGAUUAUAAAAAAUGAACGCGCAUGCACACACAUGCUGCUGACGCCAUUUCUCCUGGUUGCGGUGCCGGAUUCCAGUGUUUGAUGGAUUUCUAAUCUCUGGAAGGAGGGACUGUGUGCAGAAUACAUUUACUGAUCAACAUCUGAACUCGUUGGGCUUCAUUGUGUGAAGGAGAACAAAAUAAUACCACAGAAAGUCAGGUAAUUCCAAGAAGUCAGAUGUUUAAAUGUUGGAUUUGUCUCGAAUUGAGUUUAAAGACGUUACUAUGAAAUGGAUUAAAUGGGUCGUUCCCAAAUACGUCAGCGGCAGCAACAACAACAACAACAAAAUAGGUUGAGUUCCUUUUGCUUUCAGGGCAAUAAUCAGUGCCUUUGCCUUAUAUUUUUGUCUAGUUGUCUGCAGCUCUUUUAUUUUUAUUUUUUGGGGGGCGGGAGGGCUUUUAUUGUGAAGCACUUUAUGAAGUCUGCUGGAGCUCUUUCUGCAGAAAUGAAGGUCUCAAACAAAUCACCAGCACAGGCAUUGUUAUUUUCAGCUGAUUGUACACGAAUAAAGAUGGAUUAUAGGAAUUAUUUCACGUUAUUAGUGAAUGGAUUUCAUUUUCUGACAAUAGAAAUCCUGCGUAUACAAGACCUUUAAUGUGUUAACAAAAAGAAAUUAUUUUUUAGUCAUAAAUAUGCAAAAUAUACUAUAAAAUUGGUGCAAUCGGUCACGCAAUUACCUAAUAAAAUAGGAUCUGUUAGAUUUCUGGCUUCCUGUUCUUUCUGAAAAUUAAGGAAACAAAUAGUGAGCCAGAAAGACAGCUACAACAGACGACGUGAAGUCCAUUUUUUAUUUUUUUUUUUCUCUAACUGCAGAUUGAAAGUAUACAACUGAACAUCAUGAUUUGAUUUUUAUUAUGAGACUCAUAAAUAAAAAUACAAAAAAAAAAUCCACUACAAAAAACAAUCUACCGUUAGUAGGAUGUAAAAAAAACAAACAAAAAGAAAUAUUCUUUAUAUUUUCACUAUCAAAGGCACAACAUUGACUUUAUUGACAACAUGGAGAAGAGAACCUGCAGCAUUAAAUCUUUUAUUUUUCCUUUUUAUUUUUUUCACACUCCAUCAGAGAACACUGAAAUGUUACAAAGAGAUGUGUCUGAUUCUACAUGGAAAGAAACAAACAAACGAACAAAAAAAACAAAAACAAAAAAAAAGAAAAAAAAAAAGAACAACCUCUAUAUCAACAGACGGUGGCUAUAGAUUGGUGGCACAGCUUAACAGGAAACGUACUGCCACGGAAAAAAAUAGCACGUUGUCGCUGGAAAAGACAAAGGACCUUUGCAAAGCUCUAAUGCAAAUUUAAAAAAAAAAAAAAAAAAAAAAAAGAAAAGAAAAAAAAGAAUUACAACCGACGACAAUAAGAGAACAAAAACAAAGAAAAUAAAAAAUAAUAAUUGGGCACCUUCUAAGAUUAGGCUAAGAUUAGGUGCUGAGGUAGACAAAAACUAUAACAAUUCAAAUCAUAAUAAAAACACUAUUUUCUUAAUACAGAGCAACUUGACUGGCACUUGUGCUGUCACAACAAUGGAGGAGAGAAGUAGCACAGACAAGCCAGGGAAAGACAGAGAGAAAAGCUUUGUUACAUAAAAAGCUUUGUUAUGCUUGGUCCGACAGGGCAAUUGGUCCUCAGUGCUAUUAUAAAAAAAUACAAUGUCUUGGUGCUUUGUUACUCAAACAAUUUUAGUCUAGACCUCGAUGGCACAUGCAUUGCAACACUGCAUGAAAUGGCUACUUUGUUCUAGAAACACCACACCAAAACACAGAGUGCCAGCUCCAGGGAUGCCAUGAUUCCUCUCUGACAAAUUCAACAUCCCCCCCACUUUUUUUUUUUUUUUUAUUAAAUGCGUUUUGUAGAAAGAGGAAAAGAAAAAGUACUUAAAAAAAAAAAAACUGAAGCAAAGCACAAGGGGGGCAAAAAACAACCCCAGUGCCAACCUAUCCAAACGGAGGUUUUCUUUACUUUUUUUUUUCCCCAAGAACAAUACCAAUGCUCUCAUCAGCAAGCCGGUUGCUGAUUAAAAAAAUAAAAGAAAUGAGAAUUUGGACUUAAUUCCCUUGCACGAAAAAAAAAAAACCCCAAAACAAAACUAUUUCACGUUUUGUUGCACCACUGCGGCGCGUUUGGAAUUUUCACAAAAUUUGCUUUGUUUUGUGCCGCUGAAUAAAUGCUUUUCGGGUGCCAAUCACAAGAGCAGAACCUAAAAUAAAACAAAACGAACGCAGAAUCCCAAAAUGCCAUUUCCACAGCAUCAAAGGUUUAUUGCAGUCCUUGAAAACGAAGCCCCCUGCUCUAUUCAGGAUUAAAAAAAUAAAAAAAACUGAAGGAAAAUCAGGUCAUUUCCGAGCGUCAUGACAUCCCUAGGGUGCUGGAGACACCAUUUUUAUUUUCUUCUGAAAAUACAGAAACUAAGCGGAUAUAGAUGGAUAUUUUUGUUGAACAAUUUCCAUUUUAGGCACAAAGAUAGUACAGAAACAUCGGAGGAACACUGAGGGAAGAACUAUAUCGAUGCCAAAUGUAUAUAUAUAGAUUUUUUUUUUCCAACAGAAAAAAAGUGGCAUAGAAUAUCAUUUUUAUUUUGUAUCUGAUCUGAUUAGUGCAUUUUUCCACUAAUACACACACACACAUACACACACGCACGCACGCACGGCUACGCACUCAUUCACCCGCACACAAAAAAGUAGAAAACAUUCAGAGGACGAUGAUAGGAAUAAUGUGACUGAACAGGUCUUGCAUUGUGGUGUUCAGACUGAACCGUGACUGGGUAUAUUAUAGUGGGUGGAUAUUAUACGAGGGUGAAAAAGCCCCCUCGGCUCACAGUGUUUGAGAAUAAAAUGGCAAGACACCCUGGGACGUGCCAUCCCUUCUUCUUUUUUUUUUUUUUUCUUCUUCAAGUACAAAAACAGAACAAAAAAAUAUGCCGACAGUCAAGUUUGAUUGAAAAAUCGUGAAUGACAAGUACUAAUUGGUCGGUGUGGCGGCGUCAACCCGCCGUCCCGUAUUUUAUCAUAUUUUUUUUUUGUCUCUUUUUUUUUUCUUUUCCCCGUAACUUUGUCACAUACACGCACACACACUCGUAAAAUUUGUGGUGGAUAGAUUUAGUCCUUCACCUACAAUGCAAUUGACAUCCAGAAAGCAACACUUAUUAUAACAAUAUGUUCACACACGUUUUUUUUUUUUGUUGUUUUUUUUUCAACUUUUUUUUUUUUCCGUCCAACAAUAUCAAAGAGGAGCAAGGCAAAAAACGAUUCACACCCAGAGAGAGAGAAAAAACAAAAAAACAGGUUUAAAAAAAAAAAAAGAAGAAGAAAGAAAUACAAAUAUUUGUGCCCUGCUGUAACCCUCCACAAAUGGAAAAAGGACCGACACUGAAUACAAAAAUAUCACAAUUUUUAUAUAUCAAAUUGCCUCUGUUGGCUCUUGUUCAGGAAUACACACAUUGCUCAAGAGAGCUUGUCUGCUGAGAGAAUCUCUAUUUUUAACCUCCUGUUUUUUUUUUUUCUUCUUCUUCUGUCUUUUUUUUGAUUACAACUUGCAGCUCCAAUUGUCCAACGCACUCUGCAUCACUGCAAACUUGACCUGUCCUGGGCGGUUCAGGGUAUUUCUUUUUUUUUUUUUCUUUUUUUAAUGACGAACCUUCGUUUGUUUGUUGUUGUUUUUUUUUCACAUUA